UCGGCAAGAGUGGGCCGAUGGAGUCGCACAACGAAUCGAAACGCUGGUAUCGACCGCUUUCGCCUGCCAUCUCGAUCCGGCACUCGCACAGGCGGAAGAGGCGAACGGGGACAACAGUGAGGGUCUGGAGAUGGUUGGUAAUAAGCAGCCGGCUCCUCUGUGUUUACUGUGCCAGGUCAAGGACACUCUGAAGCAGCUCGAGGCCGUACUGUACCUGCAAACGAAGGCUCAGGCCGCUACCGGUGGCUUAUGGCAGAUCACUAAAGAGGAAGCUGUGCUCAAGCUGCUGGAUGGUCGCGAUAAGGGUGGCCAGGAUAAGGAGGAAGGUGCGAAGGAGUUACAAAGCCCGAGUGCCCGUUUCUUUGCCUAUCUCGAGGCGAUCAAAGCGGAAAGUAAAGAGUACUCGAGUUACUGGGUGGAGGUCAAUUAUACGGUGGCCGCGUACGAUGAGCUGAAUAUGUGUAAAUCGCGCUUCCAGUUGAUCAGCCUGGAAGAGUAUCAGGCGAUGCAGCGAGCGAAGAAGAAACCGACGAUCAUGCAGCUGCUCAAGAGUGACCUUGAAGGCGCAAUGCGCGAUCUUCAGGAUACGAAACUGGUAGCGGAACGAGACUUUCUGCGUCUCCAGGGCACCCUAAAGUAUCUGGCGCAUCUCGGGGUCCGACAAGAGAUCGACCCUUGCCCGAUCUGCCAGACGAUCCCGGACGCUACCUAUGCCGUGCUGCAGUGUGGACACCACUUCUGUCAGGAGUGUAUCGAUACGAUCAAGCAGCUGGCACGUGCCAGGGGUAACAUUAUGACCUGUGGCGUAUGUCGCCAUCAACAGAGCGUUCAAGAAAUGCGCUACGUGACACUCAUCCCAAAAACGUCUAUCGAGUACACCGUGUGUGGCAACUAUUCGGCAAAGAUACUGAAAAUCAUUGAAACGGUCAAGGAGCUGCAGGCGGCCGACCCCGAUGUAAAGAUCGUCAUCUUCUCGCACUGGGAAUCAAUUCUGGUGAAGCUGGCCGCCGCACUGGACGAGAACGGUGUGACGUAUCGUGAAAAAUCUCAGAAAUUUUACCUCGCCGUCGACGAGUUCAAGGAUUACACGGCCGGGGUCACCUGCCUGCUGAUGCCGUUGCGCUUCGGUUCCAAGGGUCUCAAUCUAACCGAGGCGACGCACGUGUUUCUAGUGGAACCGAUCCUGAAUCCGGGUGAAGAGCAGCAAGCCGUGGGUCGCGUCCAUCGUAUCGGACAAACACGGCCUACGGUUGUCCAUCGCUUUAUCGUGCUGCGCACGAUCGAAGAGAAGAUACAUGAAACGAUCCAACAGGACCGUAGCGGUCGUUGGCUUGCGAAGGAUGUUACGAUCGAGGAACUGGAGCAACUGUUCCAACUAGAAGCAGACCAUUGACCCGCCAAUUUUCAGCUAACUGACGCUCUAAAGCACAAUUAAAAGGAAAGGCGUAAGAUACUUCGCAAAUGGAUUUAUUCGUUGGAUAAAUACACAAAAGAAAAGGAACGCA